AAGAUUGGAGAAGUGAGGCCAGGAGGAAGUAAAUAAAGAGAGGGCAUUAGAAGGAAACACAGAGGAGAGGUGAAAGUUAUUCCAUGAACAGAAGAGGUGAGGCUAAUAGUUUUUUCCCUUUGCAAGGUGGUCAGUGCCUCUGGUCUCUGGAGAGGGUAAGAACAGAAGCGCGGGGGAGAUCCACUAGAGAAAAAUCCCCAAAGAUGGCUCCGGCGGAGGACAGGGGACCAAGUGAAGUAUGUGAGGAGCUGGACCAGACCAUUCUUCACCUUUUUGAUGUUUUGGAGUCACUCCAGACAAAAAAGGAAUCUUUUAACCGCUUGGUGGAACAGGGUUGGUUCUCCCUCUCCAAGUCACGCUAUGCCAUGGGUAACAAGUCUGUCUCUGCUCUGCAGUAUGGGCAUCAGAUGACACCCCUGGUGCGAGUGAACACUGGAAAGAAUAAAAAUGGCCAGGUGGAGUUUCGUGUGGUCUCGGAAGCUGCAGAUUCUGCAAAGCCAAAGGCUGACAAUACAACAACUAUUGAAGAAAUUGGUCCCAGUGACCAAGCAUUGCGACGGCGAAAGGGUGCAGGAAAACCAGAGGCUCCGGCCCAACCCCAGGAAGAAAUCUCCCAGCCUGCCGAGAAAUUAGGGAAGCAAGAUCCCCUCACUUGGUUUGGUAUCCUGGUGCCCCAAAGUCUGCGACAGGCGCAAAAGACCUUCCAAGAAGGAAUCCGCUUGGCCGCAGAAAUCGCCUCAAUGCAAAGCGAAAUCGAGACCACUCGAAGACAGUACCGUGGCUUGCUGGAAGAAAAACGACGGCUCUUGGCCAAAGAGGAAUGCCCUUGAACAGCUGCGACUGCCUCCUCAUCAAGACUCAGCUGGUGGCCUGUAUUUAUUGCCCGUGUCUCUGGAAGACUCCCAGCGGCUUGUCUUCAUCUGUACAUAAUGUUCCGAUUAAUAAAUAAGGACCCUUUUUACAUCA